AUGGAGGAAUGUGAGAGUCUGGACACAGAGAUGACAGAGUUACAGGAGUUUCAGUGCGGGUCUCCACAGGCUGUCGGCCAGGACGAUGAAGACGAAGUGGAGGAACUCCACAACAGUCUGCGCGAAGUGGUCCAGGACCCAUUAGUGAAGCCCAAACUGCAGUGCUUGAUGGUGGAUCCAUCCUUCUCAAUGGUAACUGUCCAGAGCGAGGACAGCGGUAUCGUUUGGGAGACAGCAUCCAGUCGCUGCUCGACUCCUUGGGCCUCCGAGACCAGUUCAAUCUCCGAGUCCUACAGUAUGGAGGGUUCUGGAGCCCAGGGCAAGAUCACCAUUAUCUUUGAUGAGGACAAAAUUGUCCGCAGGAGGAAGAGGUUAGGGGGAAGGAGCAGCAGGCUGGGGGACAGGCUGAGGAGGCCCGGCAGCUCAAGGUCAGGUUCAGCUCUCGGGGUGGAGAGACCGGAGAUGGCAGAGAUAUCCAUUCCCAAUGUUAAACCGGAAGCAACAGAAACUGGAUCAGACAUGGAAGAGAUCAAAGACAAAGAGCAGCAGCUGUUCAGUUUGAUCUCAGAGGGUUAUGAGAUUCUCAAUAUCAGAGUCCCAUCAAAACUUCCAACGGUGGAUGAGGAAGAGAGCACAGAACUACAGGACAAUUUGACCUAUCUAAACCAGACUCCGAAGAUCAAGUCCAAAAACCAUCACAUCCGAGAUGGUUCACAGACUCAGAAUCAGCAUCUCUCAGGAGUUGUAGAGGUGGAGAUACUGGAGCCUGAAGGGGUCUCAAAACAGGACUCUUCUCACCCAUCAACUAACACAGAGACCAGCAACACACAUGCUCAGAAAGAAAACGCUGGUGAUAUGGACUACUUUGAGAAAUUUACCUUGCUGGAUGAGGUGGUUCCCGGGGAGCAGGUUCCAGAGCUGCACGAGGAGGUGGGAAGGCCUCAAACAAAGUCUCAAGCGGCGGACCUGAAGCUUGGGAAGGAGAUGGCCACAGACAGCCCAUCUAUGUCAGACGAGUCCUUUGUCUUUGUCACAGACAUGGAGAUAGCCAAUGAGCACCUGGAUGAAGUGUUCUAUGGAAACGGAGCUCACAGCUCCCCUAAUGAGCUGCUGCAGGGGAGGGAGGAGGAGGACAUAAACAUACAAGGGAGGAAGAGAGCGAGAAGAGAGAGCCAGAGGUCUCUGAAGGAGACUGGUUCGGUGUUAUUUGAAAGUGAGGAGACCGUCCUCACUCCUAUCUUUCUCUCCUCUGGACCCCCCAAGAUUAUUGACCCCAUCCUGCUGGAGGAGCCCACUGCCAUGUCCUUUAUGUACACUGAUCUUUACGAGGAUGCUGUGGGGGAGAAGAGGAAGAGCGACGAGGAGUACUCAGAGGCAGGGAGUGUGGCAUCUGAGAGAUCCUUUAAGAGACACUUGUCAGAUUCAGAGGAGGCAGAUGGGUACCUGGAGAAGUUCAUUCUGAAAGAUGAAACUCCGACAGUGGAGGUCCUGGCAGAACCAGAGGAAGAUAAAAAGGAGGAGAGGAUGAUAUGGUCACAGAGUAAGUUUGAAAUGACAGGAUGUCUAACAAAAGCAGUGGAAGAAGCAGAAGAGGAUGAGGUGAGGAAGGGUGAACCAGUAACUGAGGAGGCAGAUGCCACAGAGGCGAGGGGAAAUGUGCAAUCAACAAAGUAUGAGAGAGAAGAAGAAUUGGUUAUAGUAACAGAAACGAAAAGAGAAGAAAUCAAACCCCCAGAGGUGAUGGAGGAGCAGGCUGCUCCAAAUAGAACAGGCCCAGGACAGUCAGUUCAGGUGCCUGAACCACAGGAGGACAAAAUAGAAGACCAGGAGGUGAAACAGAAGGUAAAAGACCAGAGUGAGCUCCUUGGGAGCAGCACUCAAACGUCAUUCACUGCACCUGAGACAUCGCAGGUGGGCAUGGAUGCAGAAAAGUCUAAGGAGAUGAAGGAACAUCUGGAAGAAGAGCCAGCAAAGCCAAUGAAUGGGCAUGGCAUUACUGAAACACAACUGCCAUCAGUGACACGAAAUGUAAUGGACAAAUCAGUUGAAGUAGUUGUAAAGGCAAAAGAUGAGAUAACAGCUAAAGUGGAUUCACCUGUGAGCAUUGAGGUGCCUCAGGUGGUCAGUAUAACUGAGGUGCAACGUGCAGCUAUAAAAGUUGAUGGACAUGUCUCAGCUCCAUUGGACAAUGUUAAAGAUACCACCCACAUAGGAACAGAAGACACUAAGGAGAGAUGGUCCAAGGAGGCCGCUCUUGACACUGCAAUAGUGGCUGCUGAUAAGAAGCUAGAUAGGAAAAGUGAGAUGGUACCAGCCAAAGAUGAGGUCCCAGUCAAAGACAAAGAACCUGAGACUCUAAGCCCAGAGAUAACUAAAUGUGCUAAACCUUUGGUUAAAACUGAGAUAUCAGCUGAAGCACUAGUGGAUGGGAAAACAUUUGUUGCUGAAAAUGAGGCAUCUGUCAGGGUCAUUACUGAUAGUGAGCCCGCAGUACAAGCAGCAGUAGAGGUGGUUGAAAAAGCCCUGAAUGAAAACGUUAUUCUCACUAAAGAACAGACUGCUCUACAGGCAUUACUUAGUUCUGAAACAACAGAGGUUCAAGCAGUGGAGGAAGAAAAAAGACAGGAAUCAGAGGAAAUGGUGAUAGACAGACAUUUGGCUCACAGUAUUACUGAAUCUGUGGCUGUGGAUCUCAAGUCAGAGUUUAAACCUCAGAUUUUAUCGCAAAUAAUGGAUCCUUCCAUCCCUGAUGAAGUAAAGCUUGACACAGAUGAGAAAUUGGCAGAAGUCCCCAAAUCUGAUCAGAGCCAACAAGAGGAAAUGAUACCUGGUAAAGAAUCAGAAAAAACAGAGCUGCCACCUGAAGAAAUCAAAGAUAAAACAAUUCCAGCUUACAAUGAGAAAGUUGUUCAGGAGACAGUAAAUGUGGGUGAUGAGUUAUUUCUCCUAGUCCCCAAAGGGAAAGCGGUCGAGAUGGACAUUGAAAUAGGUCAGUGGUCAGAGAAGUUUGAAAAGACUGACACAGAAGCUGUCUCUGAACCUGAGAGUGCAUAUGAAGAGCUAGUAUCCACCAAUAACACCUUGGUAUGCCCAGAAUCCCCUCAACCAACAACUGAGGAUAUUCUGGAGGAGCAUGAACAAGAAGCAAAUGCAAAGGUCAUUCAAAUUGGGGAAGUGCUGCCCAUAAAGGUCUUAGACAGGUGGCCUUCACCUCCAGCCACUGUGAGUAUAGAGGAGGCAGAGACAGAGGAGCAAAAGACCAAUGAAGACAUGGAGGAUGAUGAGGGAGUGGUCUCCCCUCUCAGGAGCUUUACUCCACUUGAAGACUUGUCUUGGCUACAAGAACAAGAUAAGUCAGAAGGUGAGACAAAAAGAGAGGAUGUAGUGCAAGAGACAGACAUCAACUGGAUGAUACAUGUCCCAGAAACAGAUAAGUACAAAGAGGAUGUGGGCCUGGAGAUGUAUCCAAACAAAGAGGCCACAGAAGGUCUAGAGGUGACUGCUGAGGACUUGGAGUAUGAGGUAAUAUCCAAACAGGAUGCCAGAGAAAUGCCAGAAGUUGAGGUGGAGAGAGUUGCAGAGGUACCACAACCUGAGUCAGGUCCAGAGAAAGAGACGGUGGAGAUAGAAGAGCAUGUCCUAGAUCUGCCUGAUGAUGAGCUCAUUGAGGCAGACUAUGAUAUCAUUGAUUCCGAGGAAGAGAGUCAAGCCAGGGCAGCUGCUGAACUCCAAGGGUUAGACUGGUUCUGUCUUAUUUGUGGCUGUCUGCUGUCAGAGGAGGACUAUGUGUCUGGAGAGCACCAUGGCCAUGAGGUGACAUCCGUGGAUAAAGCUUAUGAGGACAUCAAGGAUAGGCUGAGUGAGUGGAUCUCAGUGCUGCAGGAGAGAUCGGAGAACAUCGAGGACCUGGUAUCUGAGCUGGAGCUGGCUUACAACUCUGUAGAGGACCAGUGUGCUCAGAGUGAGGAGGCCAUGCAGGCCCAGAAUGAGGAGAUGAUGGCUCUGGUGAUGGAGCAGUACAACACCAUGUCUCUGAGCAUGGAGGAGGAGAAGAAGGCCAAGCUAGAGCAGCUCUAUGACCAGAUCGUCUCUUUCCAGGAGAACAUCGACUCCGCCAAGGGCACUCUGGAGGUCACCGCCAGGGAGGCCGAGACUGACGCACGGGUGAGUGACAAACUGAACUCACCCGAAGACAUUAAUACAAGGCUUAACGCAGCUUUGGAGUGUGUCAUGUCCUUGGAGCUGGGUCCCAAGGGACUGCUGGUGUUUGAGGACUAUGCCAAGGGGAACACCUCCAACUCACACAUGGAACAACGCAAGGGAAUCCCAGUGCCCCAGAGACCCACGUUGCAGCCUCAGGAAGCUGGCUCAGCAACCAGUACCAAUGUCACUGUUUACUGGAGAGUCAACCCUGGAGAUAUUAUUGACUGCUUCCAGGUGUAUUGUAUGGAGGACCCACAUGGAGCUGUGUCAGAGGAGUACCGAGUGACAGUGAAAGAGAGUUACUGUGUCCUGGAGGAGUUGGAGCCUGAUAAGACCUACAAGGUUUGGGUGAUGGCUGUCAACUACACCGGUUGCUCCCUGCCCAGUGAGAGGCUAUCCUUCAGAACUGCUCCAUCAGUGCCAGUGAUUGACACAGAGCGCUGUUCUGUCCUGUGGGACUCGGCCACGCUGUGCUGGAGCUCAGCCCAACAGACGCCCUGUCAGAGUUACACCCUGGAGUACUGCCGCCAGUAUGAACUGGAGGGAGAGGGGCUGAGGUCCAUUUCAAGUAUCAGGGGCAAUGAACAGAAGGUCUUCCUGCAGCCCAAUGAAAACUACCUGUUUUACAUCAAAGCUGUGAAUGAGGCUGGAGCCAGUGAACAGAGUGAGGCGGCACUCAUAUCAACUAAAGGGACGAAGUUCCACCUACUGAAGGCCUCAGGUCAUCCUUUUCUGGAGUUGUCAGAAGAGCAAACCUCUGUGCGCUACUACCAGGACAUAUAUGACAACACACCUUCCACAGACAGACCAUGCCCAUCCAUUUUGGGCCAGUUAUUGCCAACACAGGGGCGUUACUAUUGGGAGACUAUUGUCAUGGGAAGUGCAGCCUACCGGCUGGGUGUGUCAUACGAGGCGGCCGAUAGAAACAGCCCAUUAGGGAAAGACAGCAAGUCAUGGUGUUUACACUGCAUCCCCACACCAUCGAGUUGCAGGUAUCAGAUGCUCCAUAAUGAUGUCCAGUCUGAUGUGUUUGCUAUUGAGAUUCCAAAAAGAGUGGGUACUCUCCUGGACUAUCAGCAAGGCCAUCUGUCUUUCUAUAAUGCCGAUAAUGGUCAACUGUUGGGGACUUUCAACCACGUUACCCUCCCAUGCCACCCUGCCCUGGGCCUGGAGAUGCCCGGCAGCCUGGAGGUCUGCAUGAUCCAGGAGGUACCAGAGUUCACCAACCACAGCUAG